AUGCCCACGCCCUUGACCACUACACCAGAGAUCCUGUCUCUCCUUCAGGACUUACAUGCUAAAUCCCUGAACCAAGAAUCAGCCGUGGACUGGAUUACCCUACCAGCACAAUGUACAGAAGAAUUCGACACCAUUAUGCUCGACAAGUUCAUAGCACUUGAUCAGGACAAGUGCGAGCUCGUGUACCAUAUCCUUCGCAGCACAAAUGCAACCACAGUCGUCGAGGCCGGGACUAGUUUUGGAGUUAGCACUAUCUACCUUGCUUUGGCAGUCGCGGAAAAUGCCAAGCGCGCUGGGUCCGGGACUCCCCGUGUCAUCGCUACUGAGAAGGAGGUGUCGAAGGCUAAACUUGCGAAAGAGCAUUGGUCCAGUGCUGGAAAGGGGGUUGAGGAUGUUAUUGAUCUUCGGGUUGGGGAUUUGCGCGAGACUCUUACCUCAGACUUGGGGGUUGUGGAUUUCCUUUUGCUGGAUAUCUGGACUCCCCUGGCUCUUCCUGCGCUGAAAAUUGUCCAACCUCACUUGCGGCCUGGUGCAGUGAUCAUCGCCGAUAACACGAUCAUGGCCGGGGAUAAAUACGCAGAACUAUUUGCGUAUAUUGACGCCGAGGGAAGUGGAUUCCGACGAGUGACGAUGCCCUAUGCUGGUGGAAUGGACAUGAUAACCUCAAAUAUGGCAAACUUCCAAUCCAUCCCCCAAGAAGAGGGCCUAUUCAACGCAGCCCCAAGUCUCAAUCCACCCCCAAACCCAGCAACAAAAGACUACAAGCUAAACCACCUCGCCAUCCGAAUCACCAACCCAGCCGCCUCCCUCCAUUUCUACAUCAACCUCCUAGGCAUGCGAAUAAUUUUCACCAUGAACGCCGGCCCCUUCACAAUCUACUACCUAGGCCACCCACCAGCAUCAGCAACAGAAGAAGAAGUAACAGAGUGGGCCAAACAAACCAGCGAAAUACCCAAGAUGACCACCACAGCCGGUCUAUUGGAAUUGUAUCAUACGCAUGGGGCAGAAGCGGAGUCGGUUUCGAGUGGCAAUGUGCCUCCGGCGUUAGGGUUUUCGCAUUUGGGGUUUACGGUUCCUGAUGUGGGUGUUGCUGUUGAGAGGUUGAGGGGUGGUGGGGUGAGGAUUUUGAAGGAUGUGGGUGUUUGUGACAGGGGGAGUGUGCCGCUUUCUGAGUGGGAGGAGGAGAGGGGGAUUGGGAGGGGGGAGAUUCAUGGGAAUUAUGCUUGGUUUUUUGAAAAGUUUGCUAUGGUUGCUGAUCCGGUGAGUUGA